AUGUGGGUGGGCAAAAGGAAGAAGAAAUUAGAAGAUUGCUCACCAGAUGCAACGACAACGAGAAGAGGGGCAAGGGAUAACAACUUGGACGAGGACAAGGCGGCGAGUGGGGGAGGCCGGGUCGACGGCGCGCGGGGUCUAAAGGUCGGGUUGAUGGCAACAGGGACUGAAGCCCGAGCCGAUGGCGAGCAAGGGAGGCCUCGACGGCAGGAGACGAGACGUGGAGGAGAUAAGAGGCAGGGGAGAGUGGAGGAGAAGUGA